GCAAUGUAUUAGUCCAUCAAAACACGAUCAAAUUGGCAGAUUUUGGAUUAUCAAAAAGAAUUGGAACAUCAUCCCAUUUCCAAUCCAAAUUAUUUGGAGUGAUUCCUUAUGUUGAUCCAAAAAGAUUUAUCAGGGGAAGAAGAAACAAUAAUAAUCAAUCAACACAAAUGUAUUCAUUAAAUGAAAAGAGCGAUAUUUACAGUAUCGGCGUAUUAUUAUGGGAAAUAUCUAGUGGACAACGUCCUUUUUAUGUUGAAGAUGAAGAAUAUGAUAUUGGAUUAGAACUGGAAAUUUCACAAGGCUUUAGAGAAACGCCUGUUACUGGUACACCCGAAGAUUAUGUAAAUCUUUAUACUAAAUGUUGGGACGGUGAACCGGAUAAUCGUCCAACCAUAUAUCAAGUAGUUGAUUGGUUAAAAACAAAUGUGCCAGAUAAUUUUGAAAGCCAGACUAACGAAAAUACAAAUGAACGGAUCGAUUGGAUUGAAAAAGCUAUUGAAGAAGAAUAUUUACAAUAUUAUGAUUAUAAACAAUUUAGUGAUAUUCGACAAGUUGGUACUGGAGGUUUUGGAACAGUUUUCCGUGCAAAUUUGAAAAAUUCAGAGCAACAAUUCGCGUUGAAAUCUUUUAAACUUAACAAUACAUCUAAGGAAGAAAUUAUUAAUGAGUUAAAAAUUUUACUUAAAGUUGAUUUUCAUAAUAAUAUUAUUCGUUUUUUUGGAAUAACAAAAUCUGAAUCAGGUCAUUCUUUAGAAAAUCAUAAUAAUAAAAAUUAUAUGUUAGUAAUGGAGUACGCGGAUGGUGGUAAUCUUCGAAGCUAUUUGAAGAAUAAUUUUAGUAAUCUUACGUGGGAUGAUAAAUACAAUUUAGCAUACCAGUUAGCUCGUGGUGUAUCAUGCUUACAUAGUAAAGAAAUUGUGCAUUGUGAUUUGCACUCCGGAAAUGUAUUAGUCCAUCAAAAAGGGAUUAAAUUAGCAGAUUUUGGAUUGUCAAAAAAGAUUGGAACAUUAUCCAAUCUUCAAGGUGAAAUAUUUGGGAUAGCUCCUUAUAUUGAUCCAAAAAUCUUUAUCAGACGGAGAAACAACAAUAAUCAAUCAACACAAAUGUAUUCAUUAAAUGAAAAAAGUGAUGUUUACAGUGUUGGCGUAUUAUUAUGGGAAAUUUCUAAUGGACAACCUCCCUUUUAUGUUGAAGGUGAACGAUAUGAUAUUGGUUUAAUUCGUGAAAUUUCACAAGGUCUUAGAGAAACCGUUGUUCCCGGUACACCUGAAAAUUAUGAAAAUAUUUAUACAAAAUGUUGGGAUGGUGAACCAGAAAAUCGCCCAACCAUAAAUCAAGUAGUUGAUUGGUUAAAAGCGAUCAUCACAAAAACAAACGAGGGUCUUCAAUCAUCAAACAAACAAGACGAUGUUACGGCCCCUCAAAGUACUAAUGAUGAAUCAGAACUACAUAUCUCUAAUAAAAAUUUUACCCGAAAGGAAUUUAGCAUAAAUACAUAAUACUGUAAUUAAUGAAAGUAUAACUUUAUUUUAGGCUAUUAAAUAAAGAAAUUGAAUAGAAAUAACAAGCCAUUUAUUUAAGGAUUAGGGAUGACAAUAAUAAAUAGUUAUUAUAACUGGUCAUUAAACUACAAUUAUUGAUAACAAAUUAGGCUUUUAUGUAAGAUACUUUUUAAAUUUAUUUUAAAACUAGUCGUUGAACCCGUUGCGAUAAAAAACGUUACUGUCAUACAGGAAAACACUUUCUUCAUGUGUUUCACUCUUUAUCUUUAUAGCUUUGUUCUUUUGUUUGCUAUUGUCUUGUAUUUUUUUGUGUACAGUACCAUAAUUACUAGUCCUGUUAAAAAUUAAUAAAGUAUGAAUUUGAUAGUUUUUUCUAAUUAAUAAACUUUAAUUAAAUGUUUUUAAACCAUUAUAGUACAGAAAAAAUUUUGCGAAUAAAAAAG